ACAGAAGAUGCUGCUGAAGCUGCCGAAAUAGACAGAAAGAUCAAGGAGGUGACAGAUCUAACACGUAUGGACGGCAGUGAAGAUGACAAGAUUAAUGCAAUGGUUGCGCAGUCAACAAUGGCAUAUCAUCCAUCAAAAUAUGUAAAACUUCGUGUCAGCAAGAUGAUGGGUCAGGUGCCGCUAGACUAUAAAUGCUUCAAGUGCCAUCAGGGUGGACACUGGGUCAAUAUGUGUCCACUUAGCCAUCAAGACUUGCGGAAGAGUACUGGCAUUCCGUCCAAAUUCCUGGUCGAGGUCAAUGACCCUAACGCACCUGGUGUAAUGAUCAAUGCUUCAGGGAAAUUUGUGCGCCUCAUGGAUAUGGACAACAGUACAGAAACCCCAGAACAGAUGAUGCCUCCCACCAACCGACCUCCACCGCCGCCAGAAAUCCUUUGUAAUUUAUGCAAGGAGCUCUUGAGGGAUGCUGUCUUAAUUCCUUGCUGUGCUAAUGCAUUCUGUGAUGACUGUAUCCGUAACCAUCUCCUGGAAUCGGAAGAACAUGAGUGCCCUUCAUGCCAGAAAGAGGGUGUUGGUCCAGACACACUCAUUCCCAAUCGUUACCUUCGAGUGAAAGCCUUACAUUUUCAGAAUGGAUGGUUCAUAACAGAUAAAAAAUUGGACCGCCAAUCAGGUGCAACAGAGCCUUUGUGUUCCAUCCCACCUUACAUGCUUCCUAAACUCAAUACUCCAACACCCCCAAGAAGUCCUGCUGCACCUGCAAGUCCCUUGGAGCCUAAGAUCACUGAAAAUGUGUCAUCCACAUCCACUCCACCAGUCAGCCCACUACGGCCAAAGAGCGCUGAAGGGAUAAUGGAAAAUGGAGGAGCUGACUCAGACAAGGAAAACCGAGAAGAGGCUUUGAGAAUGGAGCCUUCUCCUGAGCCAGAGACUCAUUUGGAUGAAAAUGGCAUUAGCAAAGCUAAAGACAAUAUGGAAGAAGAUCCAGUCCCUUCACAAGAACAACAACAGGAAGGGGAGGUUGAUCAAGAAGGAGACGGCCAGGGCUUGCCAGAUGAAUUAGGUACUGAAUUUGAGGGUAAGCAGAAAAAAUCCAAAAAGAAGAAGAGCAAGAAGAAGUCUAGCAGACAUGAUUCUGAUGAUGAAAGGGAAGGAAAGGAAAGUAAGAAGAGGAGUAACAGAAGACAUUCUCACAGGAGUCAAGAUGGGAAGUCCUCAGAUGAGAGAGUGCCUGAGCGAGAGAUGAUUCAUGAUGCAAGGAAUAGUUCCAAAGAUGGAGAUAUGAUUGGGGAAGGUGAUGAUCUCUGGUCCAUUAGUGGUCCGCAGACUGACAUCCGGAGGAGCAGGAGUAAGACAAGAAGCAGGAGUAGGAGCAAAAGUGUUGAGAAAGAAACUGAUGUCUCUGGGGGUUUAUAUGACAAUAUUGUUCCGUCAUUCAACCCCCUUGUUCCUCCUCCAGGUGGCUUCAUACAGUCCCCACCAAAGGAUCCAUUCUACCCUGUCCCACCUGCAACAUAUACAACCACAGCUCCUCCAACUCAGCCAGUCAUUGCUGGAAACCCUUACCAUCCUUACCAGCCUGGAGUACCUCCUCCAGCCAUUGUGACAAACCCUCCAGGCUAUCCAAGUCACGUUCCUCCUUUCAGGGAAAUGGAAGUUAUUGACGACCCUCUUGCAGCCUUUGAAAGACAUCUUAGGGAGAAAGAUGCACGGAAAUAUCGCAUGAGCAGAUCAAGAUCUCGUUCAAGAACUCCACCCCGUUAUAGGCCAAGGUCACCACGUCAGCGUUCUUGGUCCAGGUCACGUUCGCGUUCUAGGUCAAGAAGUCGUCUUGGUGUUGGAUCUGGGAGGUCUCCAAGGUCGCCUGGCAGACGCAGAUGGAGCAGAACGCCACCUCGCAGACCCAUGUCAUAUCGGUCUCCACGGUCACCAUCAUUUACCAAAGAGAGAUCAGUAUCAAAUCAGUCAUUGACUCUAAGCAGGACUCCAAGCCCAAGUCGCAGAAUGAAGUCUUCUCCCCUCCAAGUGCGACCUCUGUUGCCUGACACAAGGUCACCAGCCAGGGCAGCAUUAGAUUAUGGGAGCAGGAAUGAAUAUGAUCAUUAUGCUGGUAGUGGACAUGUGAUGCCAGGGGAGGAAUACCACCCAUACCAUGGAAAUACAGCUCAUUGGGAUCCUCAGAAUAGAUAUGAUCAUCCGGGUCAUGAUGCUUUCAAUCCAGAAUACCACAACAUGAGGGGUCAAGGGAACAGAGGGCGUCGUGGUCGUGGAGGAUUCAGGCAAGGAGAUGACUAUAGCUUUGACCAGCGCACUCAGGACACAAGGCAUCCCUAUGAUCGUCAUCAGCAACCCCAUGAUGACCGGCGAGGCUUAUUAGCUGCUUCAGGGUGGGAGAGAGACGAUGUGCGAAGGGGAUAUGAUAUGGAGAUGGGGAGAAAUGAUAGAGGUGGGAGAAGGUAUGGAGAUGUACGAGAUCCAGCUAGAGAGUUUGAUGAUGUGAGGUCAAGGAGGGAAAGGGAUGUCAUAGACAGAAGGCAUGAAGAUGAUAUGGGCCGGAAACAGUAUGAUGAGGAUGAGUGGAGAAGAUAUCCUGAGGAAAAUAGGAAGAGAUUUGAGGAGGAGGAGGAGAGACGGAGAUACCCGGAUGGUAGGAGAGGUCAUGUGGAUGACCAUGAUGAUGCCAGGAGACCACCAGAAAUUGACAGAUAUGAAGAUCACAAAAGGUUCCCAAGAAAAGAUGGAGAUGUGCGUAGAGAUCCAGACAGUAUUAGGAAGGAUGGAGAGGAAGGCAAGCACAGUGGUCGUCAUGACUCAAAAAGGCUUGAGGAUCGUGAUGCUAAAUUGAAGCCUAGUUCAAGGCAUAGAGAAGCUCCUGGGCAGAGAAUCACCCCAAACCAAGAUGAUGCAAGGGCUUACAGGAGUAGGUCACGUGACCCACUACAAAGUAAGAGUCACAGAAAGUCACCAGGCAGAGACAGGAGAGAUCGUGACCGUGAUCGAGAUCCAGAUAGAAGGGACAGAGAUGGUGAUAGACGAGACAGAGAUUCCGACAGAAAAGACAAAGAUGUUGAUAGAAAAGACAGGGAUUUUGAUAGGAAGGAUAGAGAUAGUGAUAAAAAGGAUAGAGAUAUGGAUAGAAAAGAUACUUAUAAAAGGGACAGGGAAGACCGAAGAGAUAGAGAUGUAGAGAGAAGAUCAAGAGACAAAGACAGGAGAGACAGGGAUAGUGAAAGGAAGGACAAAGAUAGUGAUAAAAGGGAAAGAGAUUCACAGAAGAGGGACAGAGAUACUGACAGGAAGGAUGAUCGAUCUGGCAGAGAUGACAGUAGAAGAGACAGAGAUGGAAGGAGAGAUCGAGAGAUGGAAAGGGCAGGCAGAACAUCAAGGUGGGACAGAAGUGAUGCCAAGCCUGAAAAGGAAAAAGAUUUUGAAAGAGGCAGAUUAGAUCGGGAGAAAAGUAAGUCACUGGAGAAAGAUGAAAUAAGAGCACAUGCUUCUGAUGAGAGAGAGGAAAGGAAGAAAAACAAAAAUAGGGAUGAGGAACUGGAUAGUAAGGAAAAGGAUGAGAGAGAUGCAGAAGGCAUGACUAAAGCUGAAAAGAAAAGACAUGACAAGAAAAAGAAGAAAAAAGAAAAACGUAGAGCUUCUCAGGCAUCAACAGAAGCAUCUCAGGGAGAAAUAUCAGGUGAAGAAGGAGAAGAGAAAAAGAAAAAGAGGAAGAGGGAUAAAAAGAACAGGAAGUCCAAGGAAAUAGCACCAGAAGAUGAAAAGGAGGAGAGGGAGGAAAAUCCAACAGAACACAAUGUAGAAAAGUCAUCCUAUGUAGAAACUGAACUACCAAUUGAACAACCAAAUGAUGUAGAUGAAAUCUCUGUCACUGAGAAGGAUUCAAAUGAAAUACCCUCUCAGGAGAUGACUCCUGAGGCUGAAGGUACUCCAGGAGAAGAAGUUGCCACACCUCUUCCUCUUCCACAGUUAUCAAAGUGGGAAAGAGAUGAAGAUCUCUCCCUGACACCAAAAGGAUUAGUUGAGAACAAAGCACCAGAGGAGGAGAGGAAAGUCACUGUUGACAUCCUAAAACGUGCAGAAAAUGCCAUUUUCUCAGGUAGAGGGCUAACAGCUCGUAAAGUGUAUCUUGAUACACAAAAGCAGAAAGAAGUUGAAGAGAGAAGUCCAACUCCGGAGUGGGAUCGCCUGGAAUUAAGAGAGGCCAAAAGGAGAGGUCCAUCCAUCCAGAUCACAAUAUCUUCAAAAACAGAAUCCCAAAUUGGCCGACCCAGGAGUGGUAGAUCUCUACCCUCAAGUCCUGAGCGUCCAGAAGACAGAAAGUACAACUUAAAGUCAAAGAGAGGUGCAGAAGUAGAUAUCAAACAGGAUAGACACUCCUCAAGAUCUGGAAGAAGGUCCCCUAGUCCUCAUGAACAACAUGGAUCUUCCAGAAGCCGUAAGAGGAGUGAAAGGGAAGACCGACAUAGCAUUGGUGAAGAGAAAAGUAGCCUUUCAAGUCAAAUUGAUGAAGGAACCAAGAGACUGAAAGAUUCAUCUCCUGUAUCUGACCAUAAUUUGACCAGCAAUAGUUAUUGUGAAAAUAAUGAGGUAAAUCAAAAUCCAAAGGAAGUUGAUGAGGCUCUUAAGGAAAAUCCUGAAAAUAAUGUAAAAGGUGUAAAGAGAACUUUAUCAUCAGGAGAAGAUUCAGAGCUUAAAAGAAUAAAAUUUGAAGGUAAUGGCUCAGUGGAGGAGCCUGAUGGGGAAAAUACAGUACAAACAAAUAGCUCAACAGCAACAGAUACUCAGUCACAUCAUGAGACCGCAGGUGUUCAAGGUGAAAAUGAUACAGAAGAGCAGACUUACAGGGAGAAAAGUCAGGAUGUUUCAGAGGAACCUGCUGUCAGUCUACCAGUAGAGAAAGAGGAACUUGAAGAGGGUGAAAUUGAAACAGAAACCUCAGAAGGGUUAAUUCCUGCUGAGAUGGCUAUACCUUCAUCUGCUCAUGCUCCCACUGGUUCAUUGUCUCCUUCUCUUGGUCGGGUUAUAAACCCAGGGCUUACUUAUCCCUCACAUAAGCUUUCAGAACCCUAUUCUCGUUCUCCAUCUCAUUCCCCAGAACAGAGUCCUGCUCACUCACGGCAUGAAAAUGAAAGUCUUCAGCAAGAAGUAGAAAGAAAACACCGUUACUCACCUAUCCGUGUUCCUACCCCAGUUACACAGAAAACUGUUGCAGAAGAUGUUAGACUAAGAGACAAAUCUAAGAAAAGGAAAAAGCGAAAGCGUGACUCUAGUACAAGUUCAAGUAAUAGUAGUUCUUCAAGCAGUAGCAGCAGCAGUGAUGAUGAGGAGGUUCAGAAAAAGAAGAAAAAGAAAAAGAAGAAGAAGAAGAAGAGGGCAGCUGCUAAUAGUGAUUCCAGUGACACUGAAUCACGGAGUAAGCACAAGAAGAAGAAGAAGGAAAAGAAAAAGAAGAAGAAGAAGGAAAAGAAGAAGAAAGAAAAAUGAAAAUGAGAUGGUAAAUUCUUAUUUUAAUCUCUUAUGAAAAGCCAAAGAGAAUGUAUCAUAAUAUUUUUUAUCUUUUUUUCUGGUGUACAGUACUAGACAAUGGGGCUGGGAAGAAGUGUUCCCAUGUUUGAUGAAUACAUUUGUAAUUGUGAUGAUGAGAGAAGUGUUUUGAUGUGAAACUUACUCAGAUAAUUUCUUGAGACUGUGUUGUGAAUGCCUAUGUUAUUAUACACAUUGAUAUAUUUCUUAUAAUAAAUUGUUUAGGAUAUAUUGCAAUGAAGUUUAGAUGUAUAUUAUUUUCUUAAAAUGCAAUAUGGUAUUUUGUAAGGAAAGACAGUGUGAAGAAAAUAAAAAAAAAAACUUAAUAGACUUCUGUGUUUUACUUAGUACCCCUCUUAACAUGUGAAUACUUGAGCUAAUGUGUGAUUUUUUAAGGAGUCAUAAUAAUUAGUAGAAUUAGGCCAUGUUGGUGAAAAUAAAAAAAAAGGAGAAUGAUUGUUAGUGUAUAAAUUGGUUGCCACUCAGUUACAUAGUGAAGUUUGAAGUUGAAUGUUAGUAGAAAUGUUAAAGAAGUGUGUAAAUAUGCUUAAUGUGACAGGAACUUAAUGUCAUUGAUUUUCAUUUACCAUUAAAAGGUAUGGUGUACUAUUCUUAUUUUAUAUUUUCCUAAUAUGUAACUUUAUGGCUGGUGCAGCAGGUCAAACUUCUGUCCAAAUAAAGAAAUCAGUCAAUC